AUGCGUUGGUCACAAACAAUGAACGCAAACGCACUGCGGGCGUACUUUAGGGCAAAAGGGGAAGAAACCGGAUGUUUGGCAUAUCGGGCAUAUCGGCUCCAGCUCUGCAAAAAAGCGCAUCGCUUUUUUGCAGAGCUGGAGUCAUCUCUAUCCGUCACUGAGCAAAACCUGGCAGACCGAGUUCGGUACAUCCUGCGCUCCAACAUAUUUGGUGACGCCGAACUCGAACGACUACGACGUGAGGCUGUUCCCUCAUCGGAUGGAAAUGCUAUGGCUGGGAACGCGGCGCCACUAAUUGCGCAGCAAACUGCAAAUGUGGCCGCUGCCGUCAAUAUUCCAUUUGUGGUUGAUUCAGACGAUGAUGGAAUAGUCCCCCACGAACUAGAGAAAAUGAGGAGCAUAUUGGAAGAGUCGAUGCUGGAAACGCGCAGCAUGCCUCUCGAAAAUCGACCGCGACUUCCCCGGAUACCCCUUAGCAAGCGAAAUCGGGCUGUCGUGCGGGCUCUUAACCCAAUGCUGGUGACCUAUUUGGAAGCCAGCCGGGACCUUUGCGAGACGGACUCAAUUCUUUUUGGCGCCGCACUGGCAGUAUGCCGUAUUAUUGGCGCCAAACUUCCCAUGGCUGGACGUGCUACUCAACAAGGUAGUGCCAUCCCAGCCUGGAGAAAAAGAAUCGAGGACCGUAUCGCAAAGGCAAGGGCCCUUAUCGGCAGACUGACAAGCUUCAGGUCGGAUAAUAUUAGACCGAGAGUUGUGCGCACCGUUAGAAUGGCGUUGCUGGGACAAAUAUUAGUUUGUCACAGCCGGAUAUCACGCAGAAACUAA